GACAUUGUCAAGGUCCCCAAAUGUUUAUUUAUACAUUUUAUGAGUGGUCAGGGCCGGUAUUUAAAAAAUAUGGAAAUUGCAAAUUUGGUUUCGAACAAAAAUACUAUUUGUCGGAUUUGUUUAGAGCUAAAUACUAAUUUAACGUCUUUAUUCGAUCAUAUUGAUGUUAAUGAAAUCAAAAGAUCAUUAGAGCUGUUAUUACUAGAAUGUACUUCUAUUCAAAUAUCAAGAAUCGACCGUUAUCCCCAGAAUAUCUGCAAAAUCUGUUGUGACCAUUUAAAAAGUUUUUAUUUAUUCAAACAAAAAUGUUACAAAUCACUAGAACAAUUUAAGAAAGCUCUAGAGGGAUCUAAGAUUUCUUUUGCUGUAGAAAACAAACUUAUCCAAAAAGAUACAGGCUUUGUAGAACCGAAUGACAAUUUAAAUGUAGAUGAUACUAAUAAGAACAAUAUUAGUGAUGCUGGAAACGAUAGUUUUUGUAAUACAGAACCUUUAAGUAACAGUGAUGUAGAUGAACCAAAUAGUUUAGACUUUUCAUGCGAAACAUGUGGAAAAACGUUCCUUAACAAACUAGAUUAUAAAAAUCAUGAAAAGGAACAUUCAGUCACUACAAUUGCAAAGUUUCUUUGUACAAUUUGUGGAAAAAAAUUUACUAGACAUUCCAGUGUAAAACGUCACAUGACUACACACACUGGCCUGAAACCAUAUUCCUGUUCAUAUUGUAAUAGCAAUUUUACACAAUCUGGAACUUUAUCUUUGCAUUUACGAAUACACAAAGAAAAUGAAAAUUUAAAGAAGAUUGAACAAAAACCCGAUGACAAAUUAAAUCUUUGUUCUAUUUGUGGAAAAUCUUUUAAGCAGACUUCAUCUCUAACGGUCCAUCUCAGAAGGCAUAGUGGAGAGAGACCCUACUCUUGUAAUAUUUGCCAUAAGAGGUUCAUAUCCAACAGUAAAUUGUCAUCACAUGCUAGGAUACAUACUGGAGAAAGACCAUAUUCAUGCAAAUAUUGCCAAAAAUCUUUCUCACAGUCGACCAUAUUGAACAAACAUGUAAAAACUCAUUUGGAUAUUAAACAAUAUCAAUGUAGCUAUUGUCCAAAGUUAUUCUCUUCGUCUUAUUAUCGAAAUAUUCACAUUAGAAAACAUACAGGAGAAAAACCUUUAAUCUGUAACAUUUGUCAGAAAUCAUUUUCGGAUCCCAAAAAUCUGAAAGAACAUACAGCCAUUCAUAACGAAUCUAAACCAUUUUUAUGUGUAACAUGUGGAAAAACAUUUAGAAGAAUUCAUCAUUUAAGGUUUCAUAUGAAGACACAUUCUAAAAACCAGUGAUUUGAUCAUUAAACAUUAAACAAUUUCUUUGAUCUGUGUUAUAUUUAAAUAAAAAUAUAUAAUAUUUUUUA